GGUUGUGGGCGGGGCCUGGCGUUAGCCGCUAGCGGCUGUGAGCUGUCUGUAUGAUCAGCGGGUUGAAGUGCAGCUGCUGAACUUCGCUGUGUUUCUCGGUUCUGGGCUCCAGUUCGUUUAUUACCGGCUCUGUGGGAUAAAGCGGGCCCGGCGGUUCUGUGUUACUGGGCUGGAGUCUGUAGCGGGCUGGCGUGGGGCUCGGUUCGCCGCUGGUUCUGCGGGUUAGCCCAGCCCAGCCCAGCCCAGCUGCUAGCUGUUAGCUCUCUCUGUGGUUCUGAGUAAACAGUUAAAAUGUGAAUUCAGCUCCUUCAUUCUCUGCUCUCAGUCAUGCUUCUCUUUCCACUCUGGACCUCUCCGCUGUUCCUCACUGUAAGAGCUUCUGGACGAUUCGGAACCACCUGAAGCCUGUAGAGCUGUGUGGUCCCGGGCUGUAAACACAGGCUAAGGCUAGCUGGUAGCUGGAGGACACUGCAGGGUCCACAGGGAGCCGGUUCUGCUGGGGAUGUCUGAUUAUUUUCUGCUUCAGAAAGAGGAAAUUCUACCUAAAUGGCUCUCCAGCUGCGCACUCGACUCCUGUCCAAAGAGUUCAUCAAUAUCUCCUUUACUUCUGUAAGAUCUAGAGCCCGACCAGACCAGCCAAUCAGAUAUCUUGCAGCAUGUGGAAUCCUAAUGACAAAACCCCAAAGAUGGACGUACUGUUGGAACCAGGGAGCAUUACCGGCACCCCCAACUCGGACCUUCAUCAGUCUCGCAAACAAGAGAAAGCAAUAUUCUGAGAGAAGGAUUAUGGGGUAUUCUAUGCAGGAAAUGUACGACGUGGUAGCGAACGUGGAUGACUAUAAACUUUUCGUUCCGUGGUGCAAAAAAUCAGAAACUAUAAUGAAGAGAGCCGGGCAUGCUAAAGCCCAGCUGGAGAUCGGUUUCCCACCAGUGGUGGAGAGGUACACGUCUAUGAUCACGAACGUUCGCCCUCACCUAGUAAAAGCCGUGUGCUCAGAUGGAAAACUUUUCAACCAUUUGGAGACAAUUUGGCGAUUUAGUCCUGGGAUUCCUGGGUAUCCAAGGACGUGCACAGUAGAUUUUUCUAUAUCUUUUGAGUUCCGCUCCAUCCUGCACUCCCAGUUGGCCACGGUGUUCUUUGACGAGGUUGUGAAGCAGAUGGUCGUGGCAUUUGAGAAUCGCGCUGGUAAACUGUACGGUCCCGAGACUCGGAUCCCCAGAGAACUCAUGUUCCAUGAGGUGCAUCAGACUUGAGCCUGAUCCUGCAUGCCGGUUUAGCUGCUUUAGUUUGGCUUGAGGGUUUUUUUUUAUUUUGUGUGUGUGUGUAUGGGGGUACCACCACCUCCUUGCUCGCUCGCUCUGCCAUCUUUACUUGACGUGGAUUUCUUCUCAUCACGGCGGCUAAGAGAGAGCAGCAGCUGGCCAACACCAGGAUCUGACACCAUGUUUAUUUUUCAAUACCUCUGUUCUGACAGUCAUGCAGCUACAUGCAGGAUUCCCCCGAGAUGGGAUUACUGGUUUAUUUUUGUUUCUCAACCAUUGGAUAAACCAUGGAUAACCUUAUUAUAUAUUCGCUUCACCUGCAGAGGAAAUCGGAUCCUUCACUAUUGAAGAAUGUUAAGAAUGCCACGAAUGUGGCACCACAGAUCAAUAAGCACUAGGGCCUUUCCAUUCUUCAGUAUACCCAGUUUCCAGAGUGAUAUUAUUAUUUUGUAUAGGCCUGUCACAAUAAUUACAAUAAUUACGUCAUUACAACUUAUUGUACAAUAUAUGGACCUCAAUAUAUAUAACUUCAAUCCUAUUUGCUGACCUGAAUAUGUAGCCCAUUGUUUUUACUAGGGAUGCAUUUAAAUAAAUUGAACAAAUAAAUUGACAACAUAAAUUAAGUAUUCUGAAUGUAUUUUUGGCUUUUCAAAGAAAAAAACUAUAACAAAACUACAUUUUAAACCUAUUUGUUGAACAUUUCAUAUUUAAAUGUCCCCAAAAUAUAACAUAAAAAAACUACAGUAUGACUUAAAAUACAUAACUUAAAAACAGUUAUUACGUAACAUGCUUUUAAUUACGAAUAUUACAAAUAUGCCUUUUUUUCCUUUUUUUUUUCUUUUUUUUUGCCAUUUUCAGCCAAAUAUUCAGUGCAUCCCUAGUUUUAACUUAGCAAGAACAUCUCAUUGAGCCAACCUGGCAGCUUUGUUAAAAAUAAGUAAUUUAAUUUUGUUUUAAUAUUUAUUUAAUAAAAAAAAAAAACAUUUACCUUAAAAUAAUUAAAUUAUAAAACCUUUGUUGAUUUUUAUUACUGCAUUAUUAUGAUAUUAUUAAAUCAUUAGAUCAGCAGCUCAAAUGGUCUUAAAAUGACAAUAUCAUCAUUUAUCUCCAUUGUUUCUGAAACAAUAUAAAACCUUUAAUUAUGUGACAGGCCUAUUUUUGUUGACUCUUUUUAAGCUUUUAAGUUUUGGAUAGAGGGAGGAUUUAUCCAUGGUACAUGCAUGAGAUUACGGAUGGUUGAAAACAGCCUUCUCUGAAAAGUACAACUGCAUAUUUUUUUUUAUUUGCCAUCUUGGAUUAUUUAUAGCCAAAAUCCUUUAUACUGUGAAACUGCUGUAAUCCCUGUAAAGUGCAAUAUGCUGAAAAGAUAAAUGGUUUUAUUUCAAAACAAAA